AUGGAGGACGAACGGACGCGCACCGCCGGGGCGGAGGAAGGGGAGGCGCACGUAGACAUAGAUGCGGGCACAGGGGCUGCGGGUAGCGGGGCCGGGGGUUCGCGGAAGCGGAAGCAGGCGCAAGGCGCGCGGAAGAAGGGAGGAGGGGAGAAGGUUCCCGCGCUGGUGAAGCGGGGUGGGCGCGCAGCGGUUGUGGUACAAGCGGUGCUGAGGGACGCGCAUGUGGGCCGCGCAGCUGCCAGGCAGCGAGGAAAGGGCGAUGGAACACCAGUGCAAGCGGUGCUGAAGGACGCCCACGUGGACCUCGCAGCAGCGAGGCAGAGAGGGAAGGGCGUGGUGGCGGCUGUGGAUGGCGCGGUGGAGAAACUAAGAGAAACACUAAGAGCCAUGCCGGAGGGAGAGCAGGUGAGCGCGAUUGUGGCUGGAAGCCCCACGGUGAUGCUCAUGCUCAUGCUCAUGCUCAUGCUCAUGCUCAUGCUCAUGCUCAUGCUCGUGGUGGUGCUGCUGAUGGUGAUGGUGCUCCCUUCACCCACCUCCCCUCCCUCAUUCCCUUUUCGUCCCUCACUUCCCCUCCCUCAUUCCCUUUUCGUCCCUCACUUCCCCUCCCUGAUUCCCUUUUCGUCCCUCACUUCCCCUCCCUCAUUCCCUUUUCGUCCCUCACUUCCCCUCCCUCACUCCCUUCCGCUCCCUCACUACCUUCCCUGCCUUCUCCCCCCUUCUCCUCCCUGUAUUCCGUUUCUCCCCGCCCCCACACCGUCCCACACUUACCUGCACCGUUCCACACCGCUCUGCAUCGCUGCAGGUGGCAGCAGGCGCAGCUCUGCCAUACGUGGAUGCGCUGGUGGGGGCGGAGGGGCCUCUGGCAGCAGAUGCGGCUCUGCCGUACGUGGAGGCGCUGGUGGGAGCGGAGGGCCCAGAAGCGUGCUAGAGCCCUUGCUUGCACCCACCCCUUUCUCCUCCACACCCUCCCACACCGCCCCAAACCGCCCCCCAUCACUGCAGGUGACAGCAGACGCGGCUCUGCCAUACGUGGAGGCGCUGGUGGGGGCGGAGGGCGUGAGGAGCCUCGCCUUCACCUUCCACCGCCCCUCGCACGUCCAUGCCAUCGGCAGCUUCGCCCACCACUCCGCCUCCCACCCUGCAUCGCAUGCGCAUGGGGGUGGUGAUGGGGGUGAUGGGGGUGAUGGGGGUGAUGGGGGAGAGGGCGGAAAGGGCGGAGAGGGCGGAGAGGGCGGAAAGGGCGGAGAGGGCGGGGCAGCAGGUGUGGGGAGUGUGACGAGGCCGUGCACGCAUGUGGACGUGGCUGUCGAAAUGCCUCAGGCGUGCUUCCGGGAAAAGGACGUGUUGAACCACCGCUACUUCGCCCGCCGGGCGCUGUAUCUCGCCACGCUGGCACGCCACCUGGCGGCGUGUGAUUGGGUGGCGGCGGUGGAGUGGAGCACUCUGAGGGAUGACGUGUGCAAACCCAUCCUCCUUAUCAUCCCCCGGGCGUGCAAGAGCUGGCCGCUGCGUCUGCUGCCGUGCCUGUCUCCCGCCACCUUCCCCGCCCGCAAGCUCGCCCCCUCACGCAACAACGUGCGCCAAGCCGCCUCUGCAGGAGGCGAGCUGCUGGCAACACCACGCUACAACAUGGGUGUGCUGGAGGAUGGCACUCACACGGCCGCCCAUCACCUCGUCUCACAUGCCAUCAGCCUCGUGCCCGCCCUGCCCCAUUCUCUCGUGCUGCUCAAGGUCUGGGCUCGCCAGCGGUACGGCACCAAGCGCCACGUGGCACCUGCUGAUUGGCUGAACGGUUUCCAGCUGUCUCUGCUGGCAGCACACGUGGCGUCGCCCCACAACCCCCACCGCCGCGUCAUGCCUGCCAUGUCAGCAUUCCAGAUCUUCCGAUGUGUCAUUGAUGCCAUGGGCAACGCGGAUCUCCUCCAGCAGCCCAUCCUCCUCGUCGCCCCUGAUGGCUCCCCCAACGUGCUCCAGGCCAAUGCUCAGGCGCGCAGGGACAUGCAGAGGGCGUUCGACUGGCUGCUCUGCGACCCAUCGGGGACCGUCAACUUCGCCUCCCGAGUCUCCAAGUCCGCCCUGCACCAGAUUCGUCUGGAUGCGCAGCACACGUACAGUGUGAUCAAGUCAGGGGGGGCGCCCGUGGCGUGUCUGCCGGGGCAGGCAGUGCUGCUCGCAUUUAUGCAGCCCUGCAGCCUGGCCGACAGAUUCGAUUUGAUCACCACUGUGCACGACACACCUCCUGCCACGCCCAAGGCGGCGCUGCUGCUGGACGAGCCCCCCCACCGGCGCAGGGAGGGGGCAGCAGCAGGUGUGGUGGCGAGGGGCAUGGGGGAGAGGGCCACGGCUGUGCGGGUGCACCCCAGGGAGGUGCCUUCUGGCUGGCGCCUUGAGCAGGGCCUGCCAGCAGUGGGCGGCGCGUCGGUGCUGAUCGGAGUGUCGCUGGCGUCGCCUGACACGGCUCUGCGCCUCGUGGACAAGGGGCCCAGCGCGGACAACAAGGCCGAGGCGCUCAAGUUCCGUGCUUUCUGGGGCCCCAAGGCAGAGCUGAGGCGCUGGAAGGAUGGCACCAUCACCGAGGCUGUGGCAUGGGAAGCCCCCUCCACGGAGCGCCACCUCAUCCCCUCACGCCUCAUCUCGUUUGUCCUGCAGCGCCACCUGGGGGUGGACGAGGGCGCUGUGAGGGCGGCUGCAGGGCAGCUGGACUUUGCUCUGCAGGUGGCAGGCAAGGACCCAGCAUCAUCCGCCCCGGCACUCAGCGCAGCCUUUGAGCGUGUGGCCUCGCUGCUGCGCCAGCUGCCCUCCCUGCCGCUCUCCGUCGUCGCCCUGCACUCCCUCUCCCCCGCAACAAGGGGAGCAGCGGCCUUCCCCCCAUCACCCUGCCCGCCUCCCUCUGCAGGGGGCGCAGCAGAGGAAGAGGGCGUGUGGCGGCGCUGUGUGGAUCCGGUUCCCGUGGCCGUGCAGCUCGAGGCGUCCAGCAAGUGGCCCGAUGAUCCCGAGGCGCUGCGCCUCACGCGCCACGCGUUCUGCCUGCAGAUCGCCAGCAGCCUGCAGGAGGCACACGGGGUGGCAGUGGAAGCAGCGCAGGGCGCCGUGGAUGUGAUGAUUGAUGGCAUUGCCUUCCGCCUCGUGCUGCUCCAUGACUAUGUCCCACCAGCCCAGGAUGUUACCGCCUCCUCCUCCUCCACAUCCCUCACUCCCCUCAUCACGCCCUCGCCCCUCACCGCCGUUCCCACCUCCCCCUCCGCCUUCUCCGAGACGCAUCGCACGCUGCAGCACCACAGCACACUCAACGGGCUCACGGGUCGCCACCCCACCUUCGGCCCCAUUGCAAGGCUUGCCAAGCGGUGGGUGGCUGCUCAUCUCUUCUCAUCGCACCUCAAAGAAGAGGCGGUGGAGCUGCUGGUGGCUCACACCCUCACCGCGCCCAACCCCCUGCUGCUGCCCGCCCCCAAGUCGCGACUCGCUGGCCUCCUCAGGUUCUUCCGCCUCGUGGCGUCGUACGAUUGGCUGUCGCAGCCGCUCAUAGUGGACGUGAACAGUGCUUUCUCUCCUGAAGACGUGCAGCAGAUUCAGGCUCGCUUUGACGAGCGCCUGCCACCCCACAAGGACACGCUGGGGAGCUCAGCACGCAGCGUGGCAAAGCGAUUGAAGCAGAGCGCGGCGGAGGGGGGCAGGGAGGGCGAGGGGGAGAAGGAGCGGCGCCCCGCCAUGUGCAUCUCCACGCCGUACGAUCGCGACGGCGCCAUGUGGACGCAUCUCGGACCGUCCGUUGAGGCUCUGGAGCGUCUGUGUGCCUUUGCCGAAAGUGCAGCGCAAGUGCUGGCACAGCUGAUCACAGGGGAGGGGGAGGAAGGGGGAGGUGGGGAGGAGGGAGGAAGAAAGGGAGGGGGCAAGGGGAAGGAGAGAGGCAAUGAAAAGCACAGGGCGGUGCAGUGGAAGUCGCUCUUCCUCUCACCGCUCUCCACCACAUUCGACCUCAUCAUUCACCUGGACCCUGCGUCCCUCCCCCACCACCACCGCGUCCUCUUCCCGGCCCCCAAGGCUCUCAGCACCACCAAGGGCUGGUUGCAAGUACCCUCGUCCCUCUCUCCAACAGAUCCCACCUCCUCCUCAUCCUCCUCCCCCUCAACCGCCCUCCCUCCUUCUCUCCACCGCCUCGCCUCUGCCGGCCCUCCGCUGCUCAUUGGCUUCAAUCCGACGGCUCUGCUGCUCACACACCUGCAGGAACGGUUUGGCUCGGUGCUCACCUUCUGGUAUGACGGCCUCUGUGGGAGCGAGGUGAUAGGUGCUACAUGGCGCAUUCCCAUUGGUGCAUCUGCUGACGGCGGUGCUGCUGCCCCCUGCCUGCCCCGCCGGGCCCAGCAAGCCCACCUGCUGCCGUGCUCCCACCAGUCUGAGCGAGAGCUGCUCUCUCCUUUCCUGCCGUCCCCACACCCUCCCCGCUUGUCUCUUGCCUCCCCAUGCCCAAUUCACUCACCUCACCACCUGCUUUCUCCACCCCUCACCCUCCCCACUCACCAGCUGCCAUGCGGAGUGGUGAAUGUUGCUGCCAUCAUUGAUGACAUCAGCAUCAUGGGUGCAGGCCUUUUGGCGUCUGUCCAUGUUCGGCAAUGA